AUGGAUCUGAGGAAUCAGACAAUGGUCACUGAGUUCUACUUUUCUGAUUUCCCUCAGUUUGAGAAUGGCAGCCUCCUAUUCUUCAUUCCUUUGCUCUUUAUUUACAUGUUCAUUAUUGCUGGAAAUUUCAUGAUCUUCUUUGCUGUUCGGCUGGAUACCCGUCUCCACAACCCCAUGUACAAUUUCAUCAGCAUCUUUUCCUUCCUGGAGAUCUGGUAUACCACAGUGACCAUCCCCAAGAUGCUCUCCAACCUGAUUAGUGAGAAGAAGACCAUCUCCUUCAUUGGCUGCCUCCUGCAGAUGUACUUCUUCCACUCACUAGGGGUAGCAGAAGGCCUGAUCCUCAUGGUGAUGGCCAUUGACAGGUAUGUUGCCAUUUGCAACCCCCUCCGCUACCCAACCAUCAUGACCCCCCGGCUGUGUGUUCAGCUCUCUGCUGGCUCCUGCAUCUUUGGCUUUCUUGAGUUGCUGCCAGAGAUUGUGUGGAUUUCCACACUGCCCUUCUGUGGUCCCAACCAAAUCCAUCAACUGUUCUGUGACUUUGAGCCCGUGCUGCGUCUGGCCUGCACAGACACGUCCAUGAUCCUGGUGGAAGAUGUCAUCCAUGCCAUUUCCAUCCUGAUUUCUGUCUCUGUCAUCACCCUUUCCUAUCUCAGAAUCAUCAUCGUAAUCCUGAAGUUUCCCUCGGGGGAAAGUCGUCAGAAGGCCUUCUCCACCUGUGCUGCCCACAUCACCAUUUUCCUGCUGUUCUUUGGCAGUGUGACACUUAUGUACCUGCGCUUCUCUGCCACCUUCCCCCCACUGCUGGACAAGGCAAUUGCACUCAUGUUUACUGUCCUGGCCCCAUUUUUCAACCCCAUAAUCUACAGUCUGAGGAACAAGGACAUGAAAGAUGCCAUCAAGAAAGUUUUUUGCUCCCAAACACUGCCCAAUGUCUCUGGAAGCCACUGA